UUCAAUUUUUUUACUAUUCCAAAUACAGCUGACUGUAAAUGCUCUAAUAAAUGCUCCAGACGUUCUCCUGAUUUUUGUUGUGGAAGUGGACUUUUCAUUGUAGAUAGCGGCUUGGUGUUUCUUAAAAACAUUACUGACAAAUCUAUAGCUAUUUCAUCUUAAAUUUAACACAAAUAAAUUACUUAAAUGAAGAAAAUUCUAACAAGCGCCCUGAUUUGACUGAAGAAAGGCGUUCACUAGAGACAGGGCGUACACCCUGUCUCUAGUCUCUAGUCUCCCUUCUCUUCUCUCAUGCUCAUAAUUCAGUAGAGACAGGACGUUUAGGCAUUCAUUAGAGGCGGGGCAGUUAUAAAUUCAUUUGAAAUUGUAGGGGGUAGGGGGGAUGGCCUUUAUUGGAGACUGUUUGUUAUUAUAGCAUUUAGAGUGCUGUUAAUUUUGUGUUAAAAACAUUUGUGCUUUUUUUUAAUUUACAUGCCCUGAAACAACUUUAGUUUUGUUUCUUUGACGACAUAACAUAUAAUUUAUUGCAGUCUUUAAGAAAUUAAGUAAGAUUUAGUUUUCUAAAAAAUCUGUGAUGCCAUAUGAUAUUGAACCUUAUAUUGAACAUUUUUAUUUUUCAAUUAGAUAGAAUUUGUUGGUGGAAAACGUGAUGUUUGUUUUUUCUAGUUUGUGUAUAAAAAAUGCUACCAAAUCAUUGGAUGUAAUUAAUAAUCUCUACAAUAGCGUAUACAGGUGGUUUUAUAACUUGUCUAUUAUGGUUGCUGUACGAAUACUUUUUUAUGAAUAAAAUUAUUUCUAUUGAGUAUUGUCGUGAUAAAAUUCCCUGGACGUGACUAAACAUGUGAUUUAAAUAUUUUAUUAACUUAGAUUUUUCGUGAUCCUGUAACAUGAGAUUUUAUUCUUUUUUAUUGAUCUGAUUUAGUAUGGUAGUUUUGUGUUUACAUUCUCAGUUGCUGCCCUGCACAUGUGACCAACAAGGCAACGUUGAGAAAAGAAAAUGGCAGAUUUUUUCACUAACGUUCACGAGAUUCACAAGAUGAACCCACAGCUACGUUAAUUUGCAAUGAAUGCUGGGUAUAAAUUAUCACCAAACCAAGCUCCAGUUACUGAUAAUGAAGUUUUUAUGUUACGACAUGGAACAGUAGAAGACAAGCAUGUUUCAGUUGAAGAGCUUCAAUCCAAACUUUGUCAUUUUAAACAGCAACUUAAUCUCGUCAAAGCUUUGUACAACACCCAAGAAGAAGUGAAACCUAUAGGCGCAUUAGAACCUAGUAGUAAAAAUACGAGUGGCUGUACAUGCAUACAAAAUGAUCUAAACAACAAUAACAACAACACUAAUAAUUUAAACUGCCAAAAAGAGAAGUUUCAAACUAAUAAUAUUUAUGCAGAUAAUCCUUCAAAAACAAAUGGAGCAAAAUCGUGUGCUAAAAAACAACUUGCCAAAACAGACUGUAACAUAGCUAUGUCGCUGAAUGCAGAAACCAAUAGAGGUUUACCUGAACAUUCAGAAAGGACAUCGAGUAACGAUAUCAAUAGUUACAAUAACAAGCCCUUGAGACAAAACAAACUGAGACGAGAAAACAGUAAAAUACCAAGGAUUGUUCCAAGCUCGCUGAAAAAAGACCAACAUACAGAAAAUCAAAAAAUAAAUUUAAAACAAGGUCACCAAAACAAAGUUACAAGUUUUAAGAAGUUUGGAAAUACCUCAGCAGGAGAUGAUUCAGUGUCAGAAAGUGAAAUUCAAUCAUCGGAGACUGAAUGCGAUGGUAACUUGAAACUUCGAAGAAAAGGGAAAACAAAAACUAGUUCUAACAUUCGAUCAAGACACUCAGUGGAAAUAGAACGACUGAGAAACCUCUAUGAAGAGAAAUUUCAAGAAUUUCAACAAGAACUCAACGAGAAAUCAUCUAUUAAAGAAUUAUCCUUAACAACAAAAUUGAAAUAUUUUGAAACUUUAAAUUUCGAAUUACAAGAAAAAUGCAACCAGUUCGAACUCCAGUGUCAGUAUUUACAAGAUGAGACAAAAGUUCUGCGCACAAAUAAUACAAACAAGAAUGAAAAUAUUGAAAAAUUAAGUUCAGAGAAAACACAGAUUAAAGAUGAGUAUGAAAAACUUCGAAAAGAAAGAAAAGAAAUUGAAACAGAAUUAUUUAAAAGUCAACAGAUGUUAAAUGAUUCCUUUCGAAUUCGAACAGAAGCUGAGGAAUAUUUGCUGAAAAUUCAAAAGAAACAGGGAAAUUUAAUUUCUGACUUACACGAGUCAGAAAAACAGAAUGAAGUUUUGGAAAGAGAGAUCGCUUCUUUAAAGAAGAUGUGUUUGGAGAAUGAUGAGAACAUAAAAUAUCACCAACAAGUCGAGGAGGAACUCAAACAGUGUUUAGACAAAGCUAUUCAACAGGUUACACAGUUGGAACAACAAACCAGAGAAAAAGAAAUAGAAAAUAACCUCGCCUUUGAUAAGUUGGUGGAAGAACAUGAAGUUUUGUUUCAAGAACACAAAACCAUCAAGGUUUUAUAUGCAGAAUCCAUAAAAAGAAUCGAAGAAUCAAUGAAAGAAAUUGAUCAUUUAAAAAGUACUGUUAAAACACAGACUGAAGAAAACGAAAUUCUACUCAAAGAUAAUGAAGUAUUGAGACAGAUAAACCAGUCUCCCGUUCAAGAUGGCUGGAGAAAAGAUAAAAGAAUGUCCUUACGCAGGACCUGGUUUUCAUACCAUCCACUUGACCAACAAUUUCCCAAUCCUCACACAGAAGGUUACGAAUCUGAAAGGAUUUACAGGCGAAACAAUUCUAUUGACAACACCAGUAAAACUGAACGCACUAAAAUACCUAGACGUGCGCAUACUUUCCACAACGACCGCCAAAAACCAAAUCUGAACGGUCGAUCACUCGAUAGAACCCAUUCCCUAUCUCGUGGUGUAUCUCGUAGCCAAUCAUCGGCAAGCUCAAGGUCACGUGGAAGUAGUGACUGUAGAAGCAGCCAAUCACUGUACAGUACUGAUUACGAUUCAUUUGAUAGUGACUCGACCUUAGAAAGCGAGGUCUCGUUGGAUUUCGAGGUUGAAACUUUUAGCCGCAGAAAGAAAUUUACGUCAUCGUCGCCCUUUAGUCCGAAACUGAAUGGUGGUAAAAAGACGGACCAGGAACCCGCGAAAUGUCAAAGUUGGUACAUUCCAAUAAGUCCGGUACCGAAUGUUAUCCACGAAGAAGAACAUAAAGAAGAUAUUGAUGAAGUUAAAAAUGAAGUUGAAGAAGGAUCGUUUGCUUCAAAGAUUCCAUCAUUUAACAGAAAUAGUGGCUUCCGACAGAACAUUAAGAACUGUCAAACAAAUUCAUUAAAACCUUCAAAUCAAGCUGUUACCACCGAUGAAGUAUUAGCUACCGUUAAACAGGGGAAAUUAGAAACAGCGCAAAAAACAAAGAUAUGUACAAGAAAUCCAAUCACAACAAGAUUGGAGAGACUCACCAAAACAUAUGGGAAAGAUGGAUGUACUAUACUGAAGUUAGAAGAUCAAUUGAAAAGUUUAAAUCAGGAAAAAAUUAAACUUGAUUCACAACUUGGUAAAAUACCAACGAAAACAUCGGGUCGUUUAACUCGUCAGUUGGCGGAAAAAGAGGAAAAAAUUCACCGCAAACUUGAGAUUGUCACCAAGGAAAUUGGGUCUGUUCGAUUGGAGUUACGCAAACUAAAAACUCCAGUUAAAUCAUAACACCGUGUGGAAAAAAAGAAAAGCCUGCUAUUAUAACGCUAAUAUUACGGCAGACGAUACUAGUUCCGAUGUUACAAGUGCAGUGCCGAGUCCUUGUAGCAAAACUAAGGCUAUGUGGCGGUAACGAAUUUCUUAUGGGGACUAUUUUUACCACAAUUUCCAUUACCCGUUAUGGACGCCUCCAUGUUAGGUCUUAUGUAAAGACUUUGAUAUGGACUCUUUGCUUUAUUGGCACGCCAAUGUAACUUGAUUUUCAAAUUGUAAAUAAAACAGAUUUUUAAAAUAUUUAGUUUGUCCUAUUGUAUAUAAAACAGAAAACAGAAUUUAAAAUAUGUUUCAUUGUAGAUAAAAGUAUUAGGUUGAAAGUUUUUUCAAUGUGGCAAAGGAACGUUUAUUUUUCA